UUCAGUCAAUUUGGCCCGUCUCCUAUCCCAUCGUGAUGACUACUCAAAUGAAGUCGUCUUUGAUCAACUUAAAACUUGAAAGCAAUGCCUAUAUCUGGGUUGUUUUUGUUCAUAGUUAUGAAUCGGGAAGCAAACCCAUGGCUGUUGUAUCCAUUUUAUUUGUCUUUCUUCUCUCCCGUCUUCUGCUACUCCACUUGGCUGAAGCAGAGAACAGACUCCGCCCGGAUUGCCCAGCUUUUGAUUGUGGAAACUUUGGCAACAUUAGUUUCCCUUUCACUAAGAGCGAAAGGCCUGAAUGUGGGUUGUGCCUAGUUGAUGGUUGUAACAAAACAGUUGCCAAGAUCCAACUGGAGAAAGGAGGAAGAUGGUACCAACUUAAACAGAUCAACCAAGGCAACACCGUCACUGUUUACGAUCAAGAGCUAGGAAAGCAGCUACAAUCCAAGGAUUGUGAAGCCUUAAGCAUGUGGAGUCUGCCGAACCAUCCCCUUAUCUCUUUCCAUUUCUUUCCCAACCUAACUUUGCUCAAAUGCAAUGCCACCCUCUUUACUAGCUUCCCAGAAGAAAUCAAUCAAACUCGCUGCAAUGACUAUAAUUUAUACUAUCCAGUCGAAGAUGAACCAUCACGGAGUUGGCUUCUUUAUUGUUCUAUUUCUCAACUCCCAGUUACCAUGUCUCAACAAGGCAAUGAUUCCCAAAGUGAUAAGUACCUAUUUAAGCUAGUGACUGCAGAAUUUUCGGUUGAAUUGCGGGUAGUGAAAGAUUGUGGCGACUGUCACUACAAGGGAGGACAAUGUCUGGUUAACGACAAGCAAGAGUUUUACUGUGGCAAUGAGAACAAGAGUAACUUGGGAUUGAAGCUGGGACUUGGAAUCGGAAGCUUGCUCCUGCUGACAUUGAUAAUCUUCUCAAUAUACUUGAGGAGACAUUUACUCAAGCAGAAUGAACAAUUCUCACAUAUACAGUUAUGACAAGUUCUUACCAGUAAUUACAACAAUUUAUAAUUGUCUUGCCACUCAUCUUAUAUUAAAUUACCGCAAUACAAAUAUCUAUAAUUACAGUUUUUCCCCUUUUUCUCAAUUUUUUUUUGUUUAGAUCCAAUUUGGUUAGUAUCAAAUUCACUAGAUUCCAGC